GGCCACAUUUCCCUAUUUCUAAGCUCUAACCCUAGCCCCAAAGAUUUCAUUUUGCAUCUAAACCCUUCAGCCGCUUCGCCUCUCUCCAUCUCCUCAGCGCCGCACCCUCCUCUUCUUUCUGAUCCUCUUCGCAAUGGCUGCUGUUGAACCUCCGGCUCCGGCUCCCGUUCCAGUUCCGGCUCCUGCUGCAGUAGAACCCACUUUGCCUCACCACGACGUCAAGCUCUUCAACCGCUGGAGCUUCGACGACGUCCAGGUGAGUGACAUCUCCCUGGCCGAUUACGUUGGAGUGGUACCAGCGAAACACGCCACUUAUGUGCCUCACACUGCUGGGAGGUACUCAGUGAAGCGAUUCAGGAAGGCCCAGUGCCCCAUUGUUGAGAGGCUUACGAACUCUCUUAUGAUGCACGGAAGAAACAACGGGAAGAAGCUCAUGGCUGUCAGGAUUAUUAGGCAUGCCAUGGAAAUCAUCCAUUUGCUCACUGACCUCAACCCAAUCCAAGUCAUUGUUGAUGCUGUUGUUAAUAGUGGUCCUCGUGAAGAUGCCACUCGUAUUGGGUCUGCUGGAGUUGUUAGGCGUCAGGCUGUGGAUAUCUCACCUUUGAGACGUGUUAACCAGGCAAUCUAUUUGCUUACAACCGGUGCUCGUGAGUCGGCUUUCAGGAACAUCAAAACCAUCGCUGAAUGCUUGGCUGAUGAACUGAUUAAUGCUGCAAAGGGUUCCUCUAACAGUUAUGCUAUCAAGAAGAAGGACGAGAUUGAAAGAGUUGCUAAGGCUAACCGUUAAGAGGCUACAGGAAAUGGUGAUGCAACAAGGGGAAAGUUUUGUUUGCAUUGGUUUAUUUACCCUUUUGUUUGGAAACUUUCUGUUUUAUAGUUGAACAUGUUAGAUUUUUAUGUCGUAUCAGUACCGAAUUA